AUGAUAGUGAAUAGGGUCUUUGCAUACAAAGUCAAGUAUGCAGCACACAAGCUUCUGCAUGGAUAUAUGCAUGACCAUUACCAAAAGGUGGGGGGAUACUUAGCUGCUGUUCAGAAGAGCAGUCCUGGUAGCCACAUUCAGUUAGUGACAGUUGAGUCAAAGUUGCCUACACCAGUAUUCCAAAGGCUCUUUAUGUGUUUUGAGGGUCUAGCAAAAGGGUGGAAAGAAGGGUGUAGGAAAGUUCUAGCAGUUGAUGGUUGUUUUUUGAAGACCUUUCUAGGUGGUCAGCUCCUUUGUGCAGUUGGUAGGGAUGCAAAUGACCAGAUGUACCCAGUGGCCUGGGCUGUUACAGAAGGAGAAAACAAUUUGAGCUGGGAGUGGUUUUUCACACAUAUUCAGACCUUUCUUGACUUGGGUGAAGGAGAUGAAGUUGCUAUCAUCUCAGAUGAACACCAAGAAAUACUCAAUGCUGUGUCAAAUGUCUUGCCCAAAGCUGAGCAUAGACAUUGUGCCAGACAUAUCUAUGCUCACUGGAACAAGACAUACAGAGGUGAUGAAUUCAAGCUGCAAUUUUGGAAAAUUGCAAAGUCUUACAGCAUGGCAGAUUAUGAUCAAGCACUGAGUGAACUUGCUGAAAUAAGCACUGAUGCAGCUGAGGCAUUCAAGAAAUAUAACCCUCCUAGCUUCUGUAGAGCUUUCAUGAAGACUUCAAUGAAGACAGAUGCCAUAACCAGCAACAUAGCAGAAACCUUCAACGGUUACAUAAUACUGGCAAGAACAAAGCAUCUUCUCUAUAUGCUUGAAGAAAUAAGAAUUGGGCUAAUGCAAAUGCUUGUGAAGAAAAGGCAAGAAAUGACUAAGUGCACAACUGCCUUAUGCCCUAGAAUUCAGAAUAAGUUGAAUAAGGAGAAAGACAAGGCUGCAUAUUGUAAUGUGUAUCCCUCUUCUGAGACUUUGUUCAAUGUCUCUCACAACAUGGACCAACUUGUCGUUAAUUUGGAAGACAGAAGAUGCAGUUGCAGGAAAUGGGAUAUGCUUGGCAUUCCCUACUGUCAUGCAUGUGCCUGCAUCUUUUUCCUAAACCAAGAAGUAGAGGACUUUGUGGAUCCAUGCUAUACAAGGGAGAACUAUUUGAAGGCAUAUGCAGGAUCUAUUCCUCCUAUAGAAGGAGAAAGAUAUUGGCCAAAAGUCUCUUGCCCUCUUGCACCACCUCCCAUUAAGAUAGGACCAGGGAGGUCAAGAAAAAACAGAAUUAAGGACCCAUUUGAGAACCCCAAAAAACCAGGUUCUUUAUCCAAAAAUGGAAUUCAAAUGUCCUGUUCUGCCCAAGUCUCUGAUGUAGUGAAUGCACCAGCACACCAUGACAUUAGUGCCCAGCCCACACAGCUUGGAAGAGGUGGAAGGACUAUUUUGAGAGGAAGAGGAGCAAGAGGUGGACAACAACCUCAGACAGGAAGAUCCCUACCACCAUCUUCUGCUUCAGGUGCAGGGAUGUCUCAAUCUGCAGGGCCAUCAGAUAUAACACAGGUGGGAACUCAGGCAUCUAGCACUGGCAGAGCUCAGGGAAGGGGUGCAGGAAGAGGUAGAAGAGGUGCAGGAAGAGGCCAAACAACUAGAGGAAAAGGAGCUCCUAGGGGUGUUGGAGUUCUUUUUGGUGAUGAUGGAUCUGUCCUUACCAAUGUUCGAGGAAAAUCUUCAAGGGAGGUUGCAGGAACAACAACAACUAUGAGGAGCAGGAAGGCUAUGAGUCAGCAACCAACAAAUUACAUUGGUGGAUUGAGCUCAAGCCAACAAUCAAACCAGCCUCAUCAAACUCAGUAG